UUUAGGCUUCAGGUCAUAACUUCUGUCCGAAUCGUAUCAUCUUUUUCACUCGUUCAUAAUAUUUUAGCCUCAGGAGCCUUCCAAGGUGCACCAUACAAGAAACCCCAAAAGAGUUGCAUUUAGGGUUAUUACAAGAAAUCCUAAAGGACAACGCGGCGAGGAAGAGAUUUAGGCAACUCAGAAAACAUCGGCCCUAUGGAUUCCAUGGAGGCAAAAUCUGAUGGACAACUUGAGGAAACAGACCCUGUGAUGGCCGGCAUUUGCAUUUCAUGGACGGCUUUUUGCGUAUGUCUUGGAUUCCGUAGCAUAAUCACCACCAUCAAAGCUAAUGGCCUUUUUUUCAAUCUAUUUGUAGUGGGUGCUAUUGUUGCAUCUUUUAUUGUGGCAUUAGUACUUGUGAUUACUAGGACUCGGGGAGCGGAUCGUACCUUUUUCCGUUUCUUUUUCAAUUCAGCGAUAUUUUGCUUGUCGGCUUUACUUGCAGUUUUUUACACUGUGCAGCCAUCAUCGUAUAUUAUCAGUUUGAAAUAUGGUCUCGCUGACUUGGAGGCCUGUAGAGUACUCAGAAUUUGUCAAGACUCUAUGAAAACAGCUUUUUCUGUGAACAGGAUGAAAAACAUUUUAACCCAUUCUGUUUUACAGUAGAUAAUGGAUUCCCUUUUUCAGUAGAUAUAUAGGGCAAGGCAGAAAUGGCACUAAUGGGUUUUGGUUAGUUUUUAUCAUGUCAAUGUGCUUAGUAUCAGGACGAGGCAAUAUCGCUUUAUGUUUAUAAUACAUAUACUUAGCUUUUCCUGU